CAGCGAUUAAACAGAAAAGUUUUUCAAGCUGCUUUUCACAAAAGAAUCAUGGUUCCCCAAAUCGUGCUUAUCUCUGGUUGUUCUAGCGGCAUUGGACUCUCCACCGCUGUGCUUCUAGCUAAAGAUGCCGAGAAACGUUUCAAGGUUUAUGCCACUAUGAGAAAUCUGGCGAGGAAAGGACAAUUGGAGGAAGAAGGAAAGGAACAACUUGGAGAAACUUUGAUCAUCAAGCAGAUGGACGUGUGUAGCGACGAAUCGGUCACUAUGGCUGUUAAAGAAGUGCUCAACGCUGAAGGAAAAAUUGAUGUGUUGUGUAAGUACGAUGACUAUUCUUUGCCCAAAUAAAAAAUCUCCGCGUUGAUUUCACAUUAAAUUUUCGUUUUGAUUAAUUUGAAGAACACAGAUAUAAAGCAGGCACCAAUGAAGUGAGGAACAAAAUUCGAUUGCUUAAGUUUUGACUGAAAUCGGGAUUUAUAGGAAUUGCUGCCUGUUUCUUGUUGUUGUUGUUUAAUCGAUUCUUAGCUUUCACAGUUUUCAUAUGAUGAAUUAUUGUAUAUUUUUAGUUUUUAAUUUUAAAAUUUUUGUAAUAUAAUUUUUUGCUGUUGUUGUUGUUUUUUUUUGUUUUGGAAUUUUAAAUUUUAGUAAUAUAAUUAGGGACGUGGAUUACCUGUAAACUAGCUGAUAGCUAUGGUGUUCAAUCCCCGCCAAAAAUCAACUUGAGUCCUCAACAUUCAACUUGACCCGAUAACAUUAAAUUAUAGCACUCAACUUUCAACUCCACGUUUCAACAUUCAAAGUUAAUAAUUCAAGUUAAACUCCCAAAAAUCAACUUGAACCUCAACAUUCACCUUGAGCGGCUAACAUUAAGUUAUAGCACCCAACUUUGAACUUCAUGUUUCAACAUUUAAAGUUAAUAAUUCAACUUAAACUCCCAACAUAACAUGAUUACUUGUUCUUGAAAAUUGAGCGCGCAGCAUUCUACCUAUACUACAACAUGCCAGUUUAACAACCAACAUUCAACUUGAGAAACCAAAACCAACUUUGCAAUUUCAGUAUUCAGUGCUCAGCGUUAUAUACAAGUCUCAUCAUCGUAUCAGACGCGAUGGGUCGUGAAUAAUUGCCGUGCGAUUAAAGUUCGUCGUUGCGAAUUCUUGACCUACCUAGUAUAGGUAGAAUGCUGCGCGCUCAAUUUUCAAGAACAAGUAAUCAUGUUAAAUGUUGGGAGUUUAAGUUGAACUAUUAACUUUAAAUGUUGAAAUGUGAAGUUGAAAGUUAGGUGCUAUAACUUAAUGUUAGCCGCUCAAGUUGAAUGUUGAGGACUCAAGUUGAUUUUUGGGAGUUUAAUUUGAAUUAUUAACUUUGAAUGUUGAAACGUGAAGUUGAAACUUGAGUGCUAUAAUUUAAUGUUAGCGGGUCAAGUUGAACGUUGAGGACUCAAGUUGAUUUUUGGCGGGGAUUGAACACCAUAGAUAACUAAGCGUAAUAUCCACGUUAAAUAAAGUAUCGCAUCGUAUCGUAUCGUUUAACACUGUAUAAGGAAAGUGGUCACGUGCCAGAGGUAUGACCACAACCGGUUGCUUCUUCCCACGGUGUUCUGGCCUUGUUAACGUCUGGAAACAGUAAUUCCCUUGGUUCUAGGGUGCACACAUUGCAACGCUGUGUAUGAACCAGCCAGCUUAAGGGCCUGAGGUGGGGGAUCCGAGACAGGUGAGAUAACAUGUGGCGGGUCAACCAACCUAUUAUGCAAACGUGAUCAAAUUAAAAUGAGAGAUUAUGUGAAAAGGCGGGUUACCCCACCUAAGCGGGUUACCUCACGUACUUGGGGUCCCCCACCUCCAUGUAAACACUGCCUUAAAUAACCUAUAAACACAACAUAUGUUUACUAAACAAAUUGUUAUAAAUGUCUUUAAAUUUAUUCAGUUUGGGAGAGAGGUGUCACCGAAUGACCAAUAUAAAAGGCGAGAAGUUCCUAUUAACAUUGUCUAAUGUGUACGUGUUUUACGUCCGGGGAAGAGUGAGGGUGCGGAAGGGAGGAGGGGUUGCUUUGGGAUGCCUCUUCGCUUCGCUUUGGGUAAAAUUGCAGUUUUUUUACCUCACGUAGGAAGUUCAGGACAAAGAGCCUAUUGAAAGAAAUGUCGUUAAAGAGUGUUGAAGUUUGGUCUCCUUAAAUUAAUGGCGUUAAAAAAAAAGACUGAGCCAAGGGUUGAAUUCCAGUCUUGGUAUUUAUGGUGUACUUUGGUCACUUUGGCUCAUUCUUUUAAUUUGAGAUACGCAGAGUGCGAUCACUAAAAUACUUUCAAUCCGCAGUCAAUAAUGCCGGUAUUGCGAUGGUGGGAAUUCCUUUCGAAUUUAUCCCUAUUGACAUGGCAAAGGAGCUGUUCGAAGUAAACUAUUUUGGUUACAUGCGACUUAUUCAAGCCGUUCUACCCAGCAUGAAAGCCAGACAAAGUGGGCUCAUUAUCAAUAACAGCAGUCAUUUUGGAAUAGUCGGAGUUCCUUUUGCGGAGACUUACUGUUCGUCUAAGUUUGCCGUUGAAGGACUGACGGAGAGUUUGGUUCCGACACUUCGUCACUUUAAUAUCAGGUAAAUACCUACAAUCACUAGAUAAAUUUAUCCAAGCCUAAAAACGGAGCUCCUACACAAUUCUCCAAUGUAAAUACUAAUCUUUUACUUGAAACCAUAUACAAUCGAAUGUCUCAUGGUACGGACACCUCUCUGUUACGGACAGUUUCCAAUGUCCCGACAAAUUCUUAUAUAUUUUCUUAAAAAAAAACAAAACAAAACAAAACAAAACCUAUGCCAGGGUAAUACGGACACUAAAUCUCGGCCCCAGAGAGUAAAUUCAUAUAAACUUAACCUCUUUAUUACGGACACUGCGGUGAUCAGCUGAUUUCCUGAAUCCCGAUCAGGUGAAUCUGCACAGGGUAAAUCCCGUCUAGUCUGGCUGGUGAGCUAUGCAAGGUGAUAAAUAUCCCAGUCCCUGUAUACCAAACAACGAUUUGCGAAAGGUGUACAGAGGAACCGACGUCUUGAAGGCUUAAAUAACUACAGAUAGCAUAAAGAUCUUUUCUAUUACCAUGAUUACAUUUUGUACUCUAGUUACUGUUUACUGGACUUGCAAAAUAGCGAAAGACGCUUUCAUAAUUUAGCUUUACGUUACAACUUUUUACAUGCAGCAUUGCGCUGUAGCUUGUUUCGUUUUAAAACAGUAACUUGUCUGUACAUGAGAUAUACAAUGUUAGUAUAUACACACUCAGUGAUCUUGGUGAUUUAAGCAAUCUGAUUGGUUCGCUAUCUCGGACUAUUCAACAAUAUUCACCUCCUAGCGAGUGGAUAAUGUGUGAGCUCGGUGUUUUUCCCGUUUUUUUUAGAGAACGAUCUUUUAAAAGUCGACAAACUCCUAGGGCUGACUUUUUUUAAGGCAAGAAAAGACUUGGAAGGAUUCAAUACGGCGUUUUUCAAUUUACUGUAGCAGGAGUUUUGUGCUCGAUGGAUUGUUUACAACUCCCGUGUAUUCGCGUAGAAGAAGCCGUUUCGUGAACUCAGCGUUUUCUAAGAAGAAAAUUUUGGCUCAAAAAUCGAAGUUUAUUUAUGACAAACAAAUUUAAAAGGAAAUGUUUGCAGAAAUUCUACAUUUCAAGUAAACAGGAAAAAGAAUGAUACAGGAAGACGACCUCUUACCUCGAGCAACCGAGCCGCCAUUUUUGUCAGCACUUCAUGCGAAGAACGACACAGCAUGCCCUUUUGGCUAUAAACUUGGCGAGUCAACAGAAAACAACACAGCUCUACUUUUUUUCUCAGGUAAGGAAACAGUUCAAACUUUUAGCAAUUCCAUUGAAGCCAUUACGCUGUUGUUUGCGAAAUGAGUAAACUUGUGAAUUGCCAAGUUUGAAAAUUCUGCAAAGAUCUAUUUUUAAACUUACGCGUGAUUUGAUCUGUCAAUCAAAUCCUACUUUUGAAUGGUUUCCUUUCUGGUUUUGUUGAGAUCACUUCGUGUGUAUAUACUAAAACAAUUAUUCUUCUCAAUUUCGGUGAAUAGUGGCUUUGGGAAUAUUUACCUCGCCGCUUUCGCGGCUCGGUAAAUAUUUUGCCACUAUUCACCUCGAUUUCAAAGAAUAAUUGUUAAUUGUAUGCUACUGAAAGACAGUGUCUUUGUACUGUGAAUUAAUAACUUUAGAUGCAGUUUAAAGACAAGAGUGACCCAGGUUUUAGCUACUGGACACUUAAAACUGUAAGUGGAGUCCUUAAAGUGACGUCAUCAUAAUGACCUCUUUUAAACGGACACCUCUCUAAUACAGACACGUGGCACGGUCCCUUCGGCGUCCGUAUUAUAGAAAGGUGCGACUGUAAUCUCCUAAACCUUGUUCAGACUGGGCUUUUAGUAGCUUCCUAAGACCGGGGACGGUUUUACAGACAGCCAAAUGACAAACUUAAGUCUCACUUCGUACAUAACGCUAAUUUCAAAAAACCUCAUCGUUCACAGCAUGUGCAUUGCUAUCAGUGAAAUUUCAUGCACUUUACCUCAUCCUAGUUUAAUUAGUAAUAUCUAUCACAAGAGACGAGACCAGGUAAAGUACGUCCGUAUCAUGGUAUGGAGACACUUGACACGCGUUUGGCGCCUGGUUUUCAGGGAUAGUAGAGCGAGUAAAAUACGCGACCGUGCGUGAAAAUCACUAUUUUCAAGAAUCGUUAUCAUUAAUAAUUCUUUACUAAGCUGUUUGCACGUGUUCUUCUGUUUAGAUGCUGCCUAUUGGAGCCAGGAACGGUUUUAACUCCGUUUUCAGCAAAAGCACAGGAAUGGAGUCGAGUUAGCACGCCAAACGCCGACCCUAAGACCUUAAACCUCAAAAGUACGUUUUCUGCAAAGAUACAAAAGGAGAUUGAAGGCAAAUCGCAGAGCUCUGAAGAAUGUGCCCAAUUCGUAAAGGAAAUAAUUUUAGACGAAAAGGGUAACCUUCGCUACCAAACCAACGAGAAAUUUGGAUCUAAAGAAGUAGCUGCAAAGUUAGCUGAGCCAUCGGGGAAUUCGUCCGUUGACAUCAUUACCACACGGUACUUUGGUGAAAUUAAGCAGGAACGAUAGACCAUCCUUUUAUAGUCUGCAAGUUCGAGCAGUAGUUCGCUAAGCUGUGGUAGCCUCAUAGCCCUCAUAACCUUAACGGGCGAUAUAACAUUUCAAGGAAUAAAGUGAUACUAACCGUUUAUACUCUAUGCUUGUGGUUCUCUCCGA